AACAAAUUAGAAAACACCUUCAUACGUCAACAGCUCAAACAGCAGUGUACGCAAUGAGCAACACAAUCAGCUUUAACAACAGAGUCUCCGCCGCUCUAAUGUUAGGCUAUUUGGCUGUGGGCAUGACCGCACCAUUUGUCUUUCCUUUAAUCUCUUCGCUAGACCCAAAGAAUGGCAAGAAAGCCAGUGUCAUCUACCAAAAGUCCGUCUUUUAGAGUUAUGGACAGGGACCGCGCACGAGCAGUGUGCUACUCCACUGCAUUACAUUUAAUUGCCAAACAUGCUUUCAGAAAACCUACCAAGGAAUGCAUCCGUAUAUAAUGGGGAAACUUUCAUCUGUGAAGGGCUCCAUGGGUGUUUUAAGCAGAAUUCCACAGCAUCCGUUUUGGGAUUCCAAACGAGAUGCUGGAAGCUUUAUUGACUACAAUUUUAAUAGCAUUUCUUUGUCGUUUACGUCAUCGUAGAACUAAAUUCUUUUGCAACCCUGCGAAAUACCUGUAUUUUUUUAGACCCUUGAUGAAUUAGAUAGGUUGAAUGUAAAAAUAUGAUA